GCACAGUCAGACAGCCAUGGCUGCAGCCAGCUUGGUAAACAGACUUCAAGAUGGGCUUUCUUGUUUUCUCUGCCACGAAUAUUUCACUGAGCCGGUGUCCAUAGACUUGCAUACACCCUUGGAUGGCUCUCCACCUUCGAGCCCAAAUCACAGCCUGGUGCUGUGAUUUUUCUUUCUCCUCUUAAACUCUAAAGAGGCCUAAACAGUUCACUUCCAGUCCUGACUUGUUGCCAAUUUAAGAAGCCAGGAACUCCUGAGAUGAGCUUGGGACACCAGCUGGUUUCUGGCACGGGGAAACCCGCCUUGUGUUUCACGCCAAGCAUUCGUUCCCUGUAUGCAGUUACAGGAGAAGGAGAAGAAGACGGCACCCCAGCCGGCCAGGAAGGAGCCAUGGCUGCUGUGUUCCUUCCAGGCAACCUUCAAGAUGAAGCCAUUUGCUCAGUCUGCCUGGAGUACUUCAAAGACCCCGUCUCCAUUGAGUGUGGGCACAACUUCUGCCGAGCCUGCAUCACCAAGAGCUGGAAGAGCCUGGAGGCCGAUUUCCCCUGCCCUCAGUGCAGAGAGGUUUUCAAGGAGAGGAACUUCAGGCCCAACAGGCAGCUGGCCAACAUGUCCGAGAUCAUCAGCCAAUUCAUCCUGCGCGGCGGGAAGGGCCUCGAGGAGGACGGGCUCUGCGAGAAGCACAAGGAGGCCCUGAAACUCUACUGCAAAGAUGACCAGAAGACCAUCUGUGUGGUGUGUGACCGGUCUCGGGACCACAGGCCUCACACUGUGGUGCCGAUAGAGGAGGCUGCCCAGGAAUACAAGGAACAAAUUCAGGCCCGUUUGGAUUUCUUGAAGAAAGAGAGACAAGAGCUUCUGGACUUCAAAACUCAGGAUGACAAGAAAAGCCAGGAUCUUUUGAAAACUAUAGAGGCUGAGAGACAGAAGGUCCUCUCUGAAUUUGAAGGGCUGCGCCAAUUUCUGCAUGAGCAAGAGCAGCUCCUUCUGGGCCAGCUGGACAAGAUGGAGAAGGGCAUCACCAAGAGGCAGAACGAGAACAUCACCGAGCUCUCCAAGGAUAUUUCUCUCCUCAACAAACUGAUUGCUGACCUGGAAGAGAAAAUCCAAGAACCAGUACUUGAUUUCCUUAAGGAUGUGACAAGUGCCCUUGUCAGGUAUGGAGCUGCAUUUUCACCUCUCUCAUUCUUUGCUCAUGAACCAACUGAAAGGUCAGCGGCAGCCGUUAAGAGAAAUACAGAGUCACAGAGAAGUGACGAUCUUAAAUGUCAGAGGCUCGUCCCUGUUUCUGCUGACAUGAAAGGCCAUAUCUGCAAUUUCUCUCUGAAAACCGUGGUCCUCAAAGGAGUGCUAAAGAAAUUCAAAGAUCACCUGCAGGAUGAACUGGGGAAAGGUGAGAAAGAGGAGCUGCUCCUUGAUCCAGAGACGGCCAACCACCUCCUCAUCCUCUCUGCAGACCUAAAGGCCGUGAGAAUGGGCUGCAGAAAGCAAGAUCUACCUGACAGCCCCAAGCGCUUUGAUACCAACUCCCGAGUCCUGGCCACACAGGGUUUCAAGUCGGGGAGGCAUUAUUGGGAGGUGGAGGUGGGGUCUGCUGAUGGCUGGGCCUUUGGAGUGGCCAAGGAAUCGGUGCGAAGGAAAGGCUUGACUCAGUUUUGCCCUGAAGAGGGUAUCUGGGCACUGCAGCAAACUGGUGGGCGAUACUGGGCGGUCACAACCCCUCAGCGCACCCCAAUUUUCCUCUCUGAGAGGCUUAACAAAGUGAGAGUCUACUUGGACUAUGAAGGAGAAGAGGUGUCCUUCUAUAAUGCUGACAACAUGCAGCACAUUUUUACCUUCAACGUCUCCUUCAUGGAGAGAAUGUUCCCACUCUUCUCAGUUUGCUCCACUGUGACCUACAUUAAACUUUGCUCCUGAGAUGAGCAGGAGGAUUAGUUUUGAGGUGGAGGGCAGCUAUGUGCACGCAUGGCAAAUUGCCCGCUUGCUUUUCAUGCCAAGGCCUCCCUGGUGGUGAUCACCAAGAAGGGCCUAGCAAGUUGCAUGACCCUGAGACAUGUGGUGGCUGCAGGAAAAGCGCUUGGGGGAAAAAACCCUCUAGACUGGGGCAAAUUGGCAGUGAGGGUCUCCUGCUUAACACAUUGCAAAUAGGCACAUGUCAAUGUGUUUUGAAAGCUGAGUGCUGUGGAAGGCAGUGGAUAACACAGUUGGUUUGCCAUGGGGCAUCCAAAGGCAAAUAGUGAAUAAACCUUGAUAUAUCAAGGCCACAUCUGUUCGAUACAUUUAAAGCACUAUUAUGCCUCUUUAAAAACUAUGGCUUCUCCCAAAGAAUCCUGGGAAGUGUAAUUUGUUAAGGGUGGAAAUAGUUGUUAAGACAGCCCUAUUCGCCCCCACAGAACUAAAAUUCCCCAUGUGGUUUAACAAUCCCUCUUCCCAGGAAACUUUGGGAAGUGUAGCUCUGUGAUGGGAAUAGGGGGUCUCCUAGCAACUCUCAGCACCCUUAACACACUACACUUUCCAUGGUCAUUUGGGGAAGCCAUGACUGUUUAAUGUGGUAUCAUAGGGCUUUAAAUACAUACUGUGGAUGUGGACCUAGUCACAAAAUCUUUUGAGGUGCUAUUUCCAAUCCUCGCCGCCUCUUGUGGUGAUUGGUGCUAGACAGAGGGCUGCAACUUUUUCUUGCAUGCUGAACAGUAGGGUAGAGCAUAUUUAUUGAGAUGCAGUCAUUACCUCUACAGCCCUCGGAUACAGGAUACCACUUUUGCUAGACUGGGAAUUGUGGUCCAUUCCAACCUUACAAUGUAAUUAUUAGUAUUUACAUUGUAAAUAUUAGCAAAGAUUAUGACAAUGAAGAAAACUAUGCAUGUCUAUCCCAACAUCCCAGGUGUUACAGUAACAUUGGUUGAAUUUGGGCUAGUUGGUUGCAUGUAGGCCCCAUUUCAAUCAAUGAAACAAAUAAGUUGUUAUAUGACUUACUUCCACUGAAAUCAGUGGGAAUUAAAUGCAUCUAACUUAGGCUGCAAUCCUAUACUUGGAUGAGUGAGUUUCAUGGAACUCAUUGAGACUUACCUCUGAGCAGACAUGCAUAGAAUUUCAACAUGAGUCUGCAGCCAACUCAUUGUGUCAGCAAUCAAGGCAGAUACUUUGCCAUACAUUUUAAGAUCAGGAUGCUAAAGAGAGUAAAAUGUGCUUGCCAAGAUCAUAAUACCAAAAUAGUAUUUUAUUAAUUUAUGCAGAAUGAAUAUCAACAGAGUGGUCAGAACACUCACCUGGUUCUCUCCUUGCUAUCACAUUUCACAUGUUAUAUUGUGUUUUUUUUUAAGUUCUAGUCGUUUCUUUACUCUGCAUUGGAUCAGUGGGAAUAGCUACAUACAGUCAUUACACAGACUUAACCGAUCAUUCCCUCUUCACUGUGAGGAGUGCUAAGGAUCUCUAGCAGAGACGUCUCAAUGCUUUUACCAAACCACAAUUCCCAGAAUUCUUUGCAUAACACUGAUCAAUAUUUUUAGAGGUACAUACAGUGUCUUUGCAUUGUCUCAUCUGGGGAGAAAAGUCCAUUUUGAGUAAUGGAUUCCACUUUCAGCUCUUGAAUGCCAGCAUGAUUUGUACUAUAUGUCUGUCAUUUGGUUUUCUAUGCCUGUUGUUUAAAUGCAGCAAUACAAAACUGAUUGCUGCCCUGGGCUCCUUUUGGGAGUGAGGGUGGGAUAUAAAUUAAAUACAUAAACAAUUGCAUGAUGGUGGGCUUUUGAAACAUGCUGAUUGUUGAAAGACCUUUGCAAAUAAAAUCUUUGGCUAUGACCUAACCCCCCGCUUGCCUCUGGGUGUGCCUUCAUAUUAUCACAAGCCAUGCUGUCUGCCCUAGGUUAGCCAUUGUUGGUAGGGUUCAAUGGGCCCUUAGGUUGUUUAUCUAAAACUCAUAUUGGAAUGGACCUACGAAUCCCAUCCAUUUGCAGGAUGGAUGGAGACUGGAACUGGUUUAGUUAAUUUGAGCAAGGGCAAGGAGACCUGAAAGACAGUUUAACUGACAGAUCUGCUAUGUGGUUGAGAGACUGCUAAUUUUUUGGGUGUGUGUGUGUGUGAGGGGUAUUGCACUAAUGUAACUGAGAAUCUACAGCUGCUGUUCUGUGUACUUGAUUCUGUGCCCCUGUAAUCCUCCUUGCUCAACUUGUACAUUUGUAAAUAAACUGGUUAUUACAGUGACACCAAAA